UUUCUUUCGUGAGCUCCCAAAAGAAUAGCAUCGUAUUGCCGGAAAAGUGCACCGAAAAAUAGAGCUUGAAAUGAGUUAUUAACACCCUAAAUUAAGACUUAAUUUCGUGACGCAUGAGUGUGAAGAAAUUAAAAUGAAUUUCUUCAAUGUAUGAGUCGACUUAAACUGCCACCGUACCAGCGAAAGAAAAAUUCUGGAGGAAACCUCUUCCGUAAGUCGUGCCCACCGUCGUAUUUGUUGCCCUUCAGUGAAAUGACCUCCGUCCCCAGCACAAAUAUCCCCAAUCUUCCCGUGGGCUGUGUCCCACUCGAUAAUCAGGUGGCCGGUCACACAUUCCAAGCAGGCGAAAUAGGGAUCCUCCGCGAGAACGACGGGACGAUCCUGAAGCCCGCUGCAAAGCCCCUCUGUGGGGCACGUGAGAUAAAAUUCUACGAAACUCUCCUGGAUGCCACAGAUCCCAGUCUCGUGGCACUGCGUGAUCUUGUGCCAGAGUACCGUGGCACACAGAAACUCUUCGUUGGUGAUCGCUAUGUGGACUUUAUGAAGCUCGUAGAUGCCACGGAUGGUAUGCUGGAGCCCUGUAUAAUGGACGUAAAGAUUGGCGCAAGGACGUGGGAUCCUCUGGCCACGGAAGAGAAACGCGCAGCAGAGGAACAAAAGUACUUAGCGUGCAAGAAGGCACUUGGGCUGUGUAUUCCGGGCUUCCAGGUGUACCAUUUGGGCACGGGACGCAUUAAGCGCUACAGCAAGGACUACGGGAAGAAGCUCAAUGAGAAGACUGUGCGUGAUGCACUUCGGAUCUUCCUCAAUGCUGACUCUGGGCUGUGCAGGGCACUCCUCGUGCAACUCCUUUCGGGCUUGUGGGCCAUUCAGAAGUGGGCACGUACCCAGAAAACCCUCCGACUCUACUCAAGCUCCGUCCUUCUUGUCUACGAUGCACGUCGGUUGCGAAGUAGUCUGCAAUCAAAGAGGAAGAUCAGUGCGCCCACGGGAACUCCACCGACGCCCCCAACUGCUGAAUGCAAUGGCUCCCCGACGCCUUUCAAUUGGACCGUAACCCCAACACCGGAUCCUAUUCAGUCGUACCAGAAGAUCCAGCGAAGUCAUUCCACACAGAAUAACUACGAUGAGGACCUCAAGGAGAUCCGUGACAAGUACACCUUCAUGCUGCACCGAAUGUGCGCCAUGGAGAAGAAGGAAUGGGCCACGGUGAAGAUGAUUGACUUCGCCCACGCCUUCCCGGCCGAUGAGGAUUCUCCGGAUACGAAUUAUCUCUUCGGCAUUGAAAACCUCGUGAAGAUGUUUGAGGAUUUCCUCAAGGAGUGCGAAUAAACAUCCCCCAGCAGUGAGAAGAAGAAGAGCAAAAGUAUUAAAGACAUCGGCACCCUACUUAAGUGAAUCCAUUUCAUACUCUCUUACACCCACACCUUUUUGUAAUGAUGAUGAAGAAAAAAAAAGAAACAUUGAUAAAAACA